AUGGUUUUCUAUCCCACUCCCAAGUACAUUUCGAAAACCGUCGUUAGGAAGGCCGAUCCUUACGAGUGGAGCGAGCGCGACAAGCGCGUGUCGGAGGUGGCUAUCACGCCGACUUGCCUGCGCUGCGCACAGAACGUAGCGACCGGCAAAAAGCUUUGUAAAAAGCCGGAGCAGAAGCGCUGUGGCCAUUGUGUCAAGGGCAAUCGUGGCGGUUGCUCCCUAGUUCCUGGGGAUAUGGUUGGCAAGCUCAACCGGCUGUAUCGCCUCCGGGCCAAGUAUGAUACUGCUGUGUCAAGUUCCGGCAAUCCCAAGAUCAGUGCUACUGUGCUGGGUGCUGGCGCCAAGCUUGCGCGUUGCCAGCGCCAAUUCAACCUCGAGCUCGCGACCCGCCGCCGUACCGCUGCCCAUACGGGUACUCCUAUGGGAGUUCCCACCCAGAUUCCCAAGACCAGUGCGGACUUCCUGAGCUUGAUCCUGGUUGAGCAGCGCAGGAUCGCAGGCGCUUUGGAGCAGGUCGUCAAGCACAUGGCACACUCGGUAUGCG